AUGGACAAAAACAGCAAAUUGCUUAGAAAAAUGAUGGAAAUUCAAUAGAGGAAUAAUACAUUGAAGUAACUUCCAACACAUGGGUCAUUAGAAGCAUUAAGAAGAAGAGAACAAGUCAAGAUAAGUUCGGAGAAUUAAACCAUCCUAAAGCGGUUAUAAUCAGCAAGUUCUGCAUACUCCAAGAAAACAUGGGUCAAUGACAUUGAAAGAGUAAAAAAAUAUAGAGAAAAUUUACAAAGAAGAACAAGAACAAACGAUGAUUUUAAUUUAUUGGCAGCUCAAGAACAUGUAAAACGAAAUCUUACCAGUCAAUCUUCCUCUAGAAGUAAGGCUUUCUAAUUUAUUAGAACUUAAAACAAGUUAAGGGCCAAGAACUUAAACAUAUGA